GUGACUGGCAAAGUGAAAUCAACACACUCAGACGGACUUUGGAUGCUAAAUACAGAUUAUUUUCAAGGACAAGGACCCUAAACUUAACCUCGUCGUCAAAAUGUCGGCCAUCGAAUACAAUAAUCUGCUUUUUAAAACAAUCCAACGCCUUAACGAGUCUAAUGUAGGUGAGCAAUUACGCUUCAUGUGCAGAGGUAUGGUGGCGCAACGUGACGAGCAAAGCAUUAAAGAAUUGUUUCAAGAGUUAGAGAGCAAUGGAUUUCUAAGUCUUGACAAAUUGGAAGUUUUGAAAGAUCUGUUAAAAGGCCUUGAAGAAUGGUCACUUUUUAGAAAUGUCACAUCUUUCGAGAGAAAACGAAAGGAAUAUAACAGCUUACUGGAGAGAAUUAUUCAUGUUCUCGAUGAGCUCGAUUGUCUGGAACAACUUGUCGCCAUUUGCAGUGAUCGGAUACCGGAAGAAGAACAUGGCAGCAUACAAGAUGUAAGAUCACUUUUGAAGGAGCUGGAAGACAAAGACUCCUUAAGAAUCGACCGUCUAGAACUCCUGAAGAAAAUUCUAACCGAAAAGCAGCAAACUGAUCUACAUCGGGAAGUGGAGGAGUUUGAAGAACGAAUAAAUCAAGAGGAUGAAUUUGAAUGGCGAAAAGGUAUUUUCAUGUUACCAAAUGUGUUUCCAGUACGAUACUUCUCAUGUGUAUUAGGGCUUGGCUUAACCACAGACCUCGUGGUUUUUGACUUCAAGUAUAUAACCAUUUCUUUUAUCGUUGUAAAACUUGGCAAACAAUUCCUAUUUACCUUGCAUAUUUAAUGAACUUUUUCUUUGACAGUCUGCGCCAAGCUUACCAGUCACAUUCGACUUGUAACGGUCAAAAUGUAUCACCAAAACAGGGCACUGACUUAUUUAAACUGCCUUCGCCUAAUUUUAUAGUUUAGUUGGCAAGGGCUUUACAGAACCACCGUUUAAUAAAGUCAAACAGGUCAUGUGACUUAGCAGAAAAAAAAAAGAACAGUCAGUUAUAAGUUAUACAAAGAACACCGUCUCAAAAGGCGGAAUGAUGUUAGUUAAUUACGUUCUUUAGAUCGUUUUGACAAGUAAAUAUUUUAAAUGCUUUAUGUGAUUUGACGAAACACGUUUUGUGACGUCAUCAAAAAUGAAUAAUUAUUCCACGGUAUAUAAUCCUUUUGUUCGAUCAAACAAGUUGCAUUUUAACCGUUUAAAAAAAACGGCCAAAACGGUCAUUUUGAAAAAGAAAUACUUAGUCUUUACUUGAAAUUUUUACAAAAACCCAUCACUGCCGUGCAUACCAUUUUGUAAUAAACUGAUCUGACUGGAUAGUCCAUUUGAAUAGUGGAAUUCAUGAGGCCAGCCGGUUCUAAAAUUAAUGGUCGACGCCCUAACUUUCGCGACUGAAGCAAGCCCGGCUAUUCCUGUCUUUAACGACCUGUAACAGUAAGCCUAAUAAUGUCUUAAUAUUUUCUGUGGUCGGCUAUAUAAGAAAAUCCAAGCCUUACUAAAAGCUUGGAUGGCAUUGUGGUAUCAAAAUACUACAAUUGAGUUUACAGUGUUUUUUUUUACUGUAUUUCGAAUUCGCUUAACUGAUCUUAUCACGCCUAUAUCUCAUUUCAGCACAAGCAACUGCGAUUGCGUCAUCUGUUAGCAGCAAUUUGGCUGGAGGUAAGUGUCGUUCGUGCCGAAAGAUCAAAUCAUGACGACUAUUGCUAUUGUAAAUUGAUUUGCUUUAAAGAAAAAUAAGGAAAUGUAUGGAACGUAUGGCAAGCCAAUCGAGUGACCCGGCUGUAUUGACCUCCUUCACCCAGACUCUGAGACAACGGGGGGGCCCGGCCUUCAAAAAAAUUUUUUUCGGCCCUUCGGGCCUCUUUUUGGUCUAAAAAUAAGUGGGGGGAGGGCGGACCCCCCGGGCCCCUCCCCUAGAUCCGCCGCUGCCGAUAACUUCCAAGCGCCUGCUACGCGGGCUAGUAUUAAUUUCGCGAUUUCGGCAAGACAGUAUUUGGCGGGGAUUAAUUUUCACGAUUUCAAUGGGCAAAUACGAAAAGGGCAUUAAAUUUCGCGAUUCAAGCGUUCCCAACUUGAAUUUAGUUUUCAAUCCGUACUUUUGAAAUAUCGUGAUAAAAUGAAACCAGCAAAACGCAUGUUGACGCUAUUUCACAGCAGAACUGACACAGUUAUACCGAAUGGAACAUACAGUACCAAUAAAACAAGCUUUUGUCGGUAUUUGUCGACACAUAUAUCAUGCCAGUUUAUGUUAUAGUUAUUAAAUUAAUGUUUUCAUAUAUAUAUAUAUAUAUAUAUAUAUAUAUAUAUAUAUAUAUAGUCAAAAUUAAUGCUCUUCAAUUAAAAUGAAUUGAGUGCUCUACGAAAUACGUUCUACCCUGGAUUUGCAAAAACAUGGCUACAGAAAUCCCCCUUACUAUAUGGAGAAGAGUGUUUUACUGGGAACAAAACCACUCGUAGAUUCCAUACGCCACUUCAUCCGGGACCCGAGUGGCGUAUUUUCCGUAUGUCACCUUUGUGAGUGUCGUACCGUUCAAUGACGUCACGAUCCCGCCUUUUGCUCUUGUUGAAUUGGUUUCUCGCGUCGCGUUUGUUGUUUAAAAUAAAAGCAUGGCGAGCAGGUUUGCGUCCGUCAGCGACGAAGAAGUUAAAGAGUUUACAGAGAAACUUGAAAACGAGAACACGAGGGAGAAAACCUUGUACGACAUAAAAGUUUUCAAAGAAUAACUUGACACCUGUGACGAGAAAAGGGAAAUUGAAAAUAUUACGCCCGUGGAACUGCAAGAAAUCAUCAAAAAAUUUGUUCUUGCUGUGCGAAAGAAAAAUGGUGAAGAAUACGAACCCUCGUCCCUCAGAGCGUUUAUCCAAAGCAUCGACCGGCACGGGGGAAGAGACGAGGUCUGGGACCGACAAACGAUGUUCUCACAACUUGCAAAGCAGUCACCCAGUGUGGCGGUCAGCGGAUAAUUACAGCAUUUUUCGGUAGGUACGUGGUGUAAGCAUCAUAUAGUGGUUCCCCGUUGGCUAAUAUAUGGAAUACAUUUCUCUCAAUAGCUUUACAUAGCCCUACAUAGCCCAACAUAGCCCUACAUAGCCAUACACAGCCCUAUACAGCCCUACAUAGCCCUACAUAACCAUACAUAGCACUACACAGCCAUAUAUAGCCAUACAUAGCCCUAUAUAGCCAUACAUAGCCCUACAUAGCCAUACACAGCCCUACACAGCCCUACAUAGCCCUACACAGCCCUACAUAGCCCUACAUAACCAUACAUAGCCCUACAUAGCCAUACAUAGCCCUACAUAGCCCAACAUAGCCCUACAUAGCCAUACACAGCCCUACACAGCCCUACAUAGCCCUACAUAACCAUACAUAGCACUACAUAGCCAUAAAAGCCAUACAUAGCCCUACAUAGCCAUACAUAGCCCUACAUAGCCAUACACAGCCCUACAUAGCCCUACAUAACCAUGCAUAGCCCUACAUAGCCAUACAUAGCCCUACAUAGCCAUACAUAGCCCUACAUAGCCAUACAGAGCCCUACACAGACCUACAUAGCCCUACAUAACCAUCCAAAGCCCUACAUAGCCAUACAUAGCCCUACAUAGCCAUACAUAGCCCUACAUAGCCAUACACAGCCCUACACAGCCCUAUAUAGCCCUACAUAACCAUACAUAGCCCUACAUAGCCAUACAUAGCCCUACAUAGCCAUACAUAGCCCUACAUAGCCAUACACAGCCCUACACAGCCCUACAUAGCCCUACAUAACCAUACAUAGCCCUACAUAGCCAUACAUAGCCCUACAUAGCCAUACAUAGCCCUACAUAGCCAUACACAGCCCUACACAACCCUACAUAGCCCUACAUAACCAUACAUAGCCCUACAUAGCCAUAUAUAGCCCUACAUAGCCAUACACAGCCCUAUACAGCCCUACAUAGCCCUACAUAACCAUACAUAGCCCUAAAUAGCCAUACAGAGCCCUACAUAGCCAUACAUAGCCCAACAUAUAGCCAUACACAGCCCUACACAGCCCUACAUAGCCCUACAUAACCAUACAUAGCCCUACAUAGCCAUACAUAGCCCUACAUAGCCAUACAUAGCCCUACAUAGCCAUACACAGCCCUACACAGCCCUACAUAGCCCUACAUAACCAUACAUAGCCCUACAUAGCCAUACAUAGCAAUACAUAGCCAUACAGAGCCAUACACAGCCAUACAUAGCCAUACAUAGCCAUACACAGUCCUACACAGCCCUACAUAGCCAUACAUAACCAUUCAUAGCCCUACAUAGCCAUACAUAGCCCUACAUAGCCAUACAUAGCCCUACAUAGCCAUACACAGCCCUACACAGCCCUACAUAGCCCUACAUAACCAUACAUAGCCCUACAUAGCCAUAUAUAGCAAUACAUAGCAAUACACAGUCAUACACAGCCAUACACAGCCAUACAAAGCCAUACAUAGGCAUACACAGCCCUACACAGUCCUACACAGCCCUACAUAGCCCUACAUAGCCCUACAUAGCCCUACACAGCCCUAUACACAGCCAUACAUAGCCAUACAUAGCCAUACACAGCCCUACACAGCCCUACAUAGCCCUACAUAACCAUACAUAGCCCUACAUAGCCAUACAUAGCCCUACAUAGCCAUACACAGCCCUACACAGCCCUACACAGCCCUACAUCGCCCUACAUAACCAUACAUAGCCCUACAUAGCCAUACAGAGCCCUACAUAGCCAUACACAGCCCUACACAGCCCUACACAGCCCUACACAGCCCUACAUCGCCCUACAUAACCAUACAUAGCCAUACAUAGCCAUACACAGCCAUACAUAGCCAUACACAGCCAUACAUAGCCAUACAUAGCCAUACACAGCCCUACACAGCCCUACAUAGCCCUACAUAACCAUACAUAGUCCUACAUAGCCAUACAUAGCCCUACAUAGCCAUACACAGCCCUACACAGCCCUACAUAGCCCUACAUAACCAUACAUAGCCAUACAUACCCAUACACAGCCAUACAUAACCAUACAUAGCCAUACAUAGCCAUACACAGCCAUACAUAGCCAUACACAGCCAUACAUAGCCAUACAUAGCCAUACACAGCCCUACACAGGCCUACAUAGCCCUACAUAACCAUACAUAGCCCUACAUAGCCAUACAUAGCCCUACAUAGCCAUACACAGCCCUACACAGCCCUACAUAGCCCUACAUAACCAUACAUAGCCAUACAUAGCCAUACACAGCCAUACAUAACCAUACAUAGCCAUACACAGCCCUACACAGCCCUACAUAGCCCUACAAAGCCCUACAUAACCAUACAUAGCCAUACAUAGCCAUACAAAGCCAUACAUAGCCAUACAUAGCCCUACAUAGCCAUACACAGCCCUACACAGCCCUACACAGCCCUACAUCGCCCUACAUAACCAUACAUAGCCAUACAUAGCCAUACACAGCCAUACAUAGCCAUACACAGCCGUACAUAGCCAUACAUAGCCAUACACAGCCCUACACAGCCCUACAUAGCCCUACAUAACCAUACAUAGUCCUACAUAGCCAUACAUAGCCCUACAUAGCCAUACACAGCCCUACACAGCCCUACAUAGCCCUACAUAACCAUACAUAGCCAUACAUAGCCAUACACAGCCAUACAUAACCAUACAUAGCCAUAUAUAGCCAUACACAGCCAUACAUAGCCAUACACAGCCAUACAUAGCCAUACAUAGCCAUACACAGCCCUACACAGGCCUACAUAGCCCUACAUAACCAUACAUAGCCCUACAUAGCCAUACAUAGCCCUACAUAGCCAUACACAGCCAUACAUAGUCCUACCUAGCCAUACAUAGCCAUACAUAGCCACACACAGCCAUACAGAGCCAUACACAGCAAUACAUAGCCAUACAUAGCCAUACACAGCCCUACACAGCCCUACACAGCCCUACAUAGCCCUACAUAACCAUACAUAGCCAUACAUAGCCAUACACAGCCAUACAUAACCAUACAUAGCCAUACACAGCCCUACACAGCCCUACAUAGCCCUAGAUAGCCCUACAUAACCAUACAUAGCCAUACAUAGCCAUACACAGCCAUACAUAGCCAUACAUAGCCCUACAUAGCCAUACACAGCCCUACACAGCCCUACAUAGCCCUACAUAACCAUACAUAGCCCUACAUAGCCAUACAUAGCCCUACAUAGCCCUACAUAGCCAUACACAGCCAUACAUAGUCCUACCUAGCCAUACAUAGCCAUACAUAGCCACACACAGCCAUACAGAGCCAUACACAGCAAUACAUAGCCAUACAUAGCCAUACACAGUCCUACACAGCCCUACAUAGCCAUACAUAACCAUACAUAGCCCUACAUAGCCAUACAUAGCCCUACAUAGCCAUACAUAGCCCUACAUAGCCAUACACAGCCCUACACAGCCCUACAUAGCCCUACAUAACCAUACAUAGCCCUACAUAGCCAUACAUAGCCAUACAUAGCAAUACACAGCCAUACACAGCCAUACAAAGCCAUAGAUAGGCAUACACAGCCCUACACAGCCCUACACAGCCCUACAUAGCCCUACAUAGCCCUACAUAGCCAUACAUAGGCCUAUACACAGCCAUACAUAGCCAUACAUAGCCAUACACAGCCUUACACAGCCCUACAUAGCCCUACAUAACCAUACAUAGCCCUACAUAGCCAUACACAGCCCUACACAGCCCUACACAGCCCUACAUAGCCCUACAUAACCAUACAUAGCCAUACAUAGCCAUACACAGCCAUACAUAGCCAUACACAGCCAUACAUAGCCAUACAUAGCCAUACACAGCCCUUCACAGCCCUACAUAGCCCUACAUAACCAUACAUAGUCCUACAUAGCCAUACAUAGCUCCUACAUAGCUAUACACAGCCCUACACAGCCCUAUAUAGCCCUACAUAACCAUACAUAGCCAUACAUAGCCAUACACAGCCAUACAUAACCAUACAUAGCCAUACAUAGCCAAAGCUAUACAUAGCAUAGCUAUACACAGCCAUACAUAGCUAUACAUAGCUACACAGCCCUACACAGCCCUACACACAUAGCCCUACAUAACCAUACAUAGCCCUACAGCUAUACAUAGCCCUACAUAGCUAUACACAGCCCUACACAGCCCCUACAUAGCCCUAUACAUAACCAUACAUAGCCAUACAUAUUAUACACAGCCAUACAUAACCAUACCUAGCCCAACAUAUAGCCAUACACAGCCCUACACAGCCCUACAUAGCCCUACAUAACCAUACAUAGCCCUACAUAGCAUAUAUACAUAGCCCUACAUAGCCCUACAUAGCCAUACACAGCCCACACUACACAGCCCUACAUAGCCCUACAUAACCAUACAUAGCCCUACAUAGCCAUACAUAGCAAUACAUAGCCAUACAGAGCCAUACACAGCCAUACAUAGCCAUACAUAGCCAUACACAGUCCUACACAGCCCUACAUAGCCAUACAUAACCAUUCAUAGCCCUACAUAGCCAUACAUAGCCCUACAUUGCCAUACAUAGCCCUACAUAGCCAUACACAGCCCUACACAGCCCUACAUAGCCCUACAUAACCAUACAUAGCCCUACAUAGCCCUACAUAGCCCUAUACACAGCCAUACAUAGCCAUACAUAGCCAUACACAGCCCUACACAGCCCUACAUAGCCCUACAUAACCAUACAUAGCCCUACAUAGCCAUACAUAGCCCUACAUAGCCAUACACAGCCCUACACAGCCCUACACAGCCCUACAUAACCAUACAUAGCACUACAUAGCCAUACACAGCCCUACAUAGCCAUACACAGCCCUACACAGCCCUACAUAGCCCUACAUAACCAUACAUAGCCCUACAUAGCCAUACAUAGCCAUACAUAGCAAUACACAGCCAUACACAGCCAUACAAAGCCAUAGAUAGGCAUACACAGCCCUACACAGCCCUACACAGCCCUACAUAGCCCUACAUAGCCCUACAUAGCCAUACAUAGCCUUAUACACAGCCAUACAUAGCCAUACAUACCCAUACACAGCCUUACACAGCCCUACAUAGCCCUACAUAACCAUACAUAGCCCUACAUAGCCAUACACAGCCCUGCACAGCCCUACACAGCCCUACAUAGCCCUACAUAACCAUAUAUAGCCAUACAUAGCCACACACAGCCAUACAUAGCCAUACACAGCCAUACAUAGCCAUACAUAGGCAUACACAGCCCUUCACAGCCCUACAUAGCCCUACAUAACCAUACAUAGUCCUACAUAGCCAUACAUAGCCCUACAUAGCCAUACACAGCCCUACACAGCCCUACAUAGCCCUACAUAACCAUACAUAGCCAUACAUAGCCAUACACAGCCAUACAUAACCAUACAUAGCCAUACAUAGCCAUACAAAGCCAUACAUAGCCAUACACAGCCAUACAUAGCCAUACAUAGCCAUACACAGCCCUACACAGGCCUACAUAGCCCUACAUAACCAUACAUAGCCCUACAUAGCCAUACAUAGCCCUACAUAGCCAUACACAGCCCUACACAGCCCUACAUAGCCCUACAUAACCAUACAUAGCCAUACAUAGCCAUACACAGCCAUACAUAACCAUACAUAGCCCAACAUAUAGCCAUACACAGCCCUACACAGCCCUACAUAGCCCUACAUAACCAUACAUAGCCCUACAUAGCCAUACAUAGCCCUACAUAGCCCUACAUAGCCCUACAUAGCCAUACAACGCCCUACACAGCCCUACAUAGCCCUACAUAACCAUACAUAGCCCUACAUAGCCAUACAUAGCAAUACAUAGCCAUACAGAGCCAUACACAGCCAUACAUAGCCAUACAUAGCCAUACACAGUCCUACACAGCCCUACAUAGCCAUACAUAACCAUUCAUAGCCCUACAUAGCCAUACAUAGCCCUACAUUGCCAUACAUAGCCCUACAUAGCCAUACACAGCCCUACACAGCCCUACAUAGCCCUACAUAACCAUACAUAGCCCUACAUAGCCAUAUAUAGCAAUACAUAGCAAUACACAGUCAUACACAGCCACACAGCCAUACAAAGUUAAUACAUAGGCAUACACAGCCCCUACACAGUCCUACACAGCCCUACAUAGCCCUACACAUAGUUCUACAUAGCCCUAUAUAGCCCUAUACACAGCCAUACAUAGCCAUACAUAGCUAUACACAGCCCUACACAUAGCCCCAUAUACAUAGCCCCAUAUAGCCCAUACAUAGCCAUACAUAGCCCCACACACAUAGCCCUACAUAACCAUACAUAGCCCUACACAGCCCCACAGCCAUACACAGCCCUACACAGCCCUACAUAGCCAUAGCCCAUAUCGCCCUACAUAACCAUACAUAGCUAUACAUAGCCAUACAUACAGCCAUACACAGCCAUACAUAGCAUAGCUAUACACAGCCCUACACAGCUACAUAACCAUACAUAGUCCUACAUAGCCAUACAUAGCCCUACCAUACACACACAUAGCCCUACAUAGCCAUACAUAGCCAUAACCAUACACAGCCAUACAUAACCAUACAUAGCCAUACAUAGCCAUACACAGCCAUACAUAGCCAUACACAGCCAUACACAGCCAUACAUAGCCAUACACAGCCCUACACAGCCCUACAUAGCCCUACAAAGCCCUACAUAACCAUACAUAGCCAUACAUAGCCAUACACAGCCAUACAUAACCAUACAUAGCCCUACAUAGCCAUAUAUAGCAAUACAUAGCAAUACACAGUCAUACACAGCCAUACACACACAUACAAAGCCAUACAUAGGCAUACACAGCCCUACACAGUCCUACACAGCCCUACAUAGCCCUACAUAGCCCUACAUAGCCCUACAUAGCCCUACAUAGCCCUAUACACAGCCAUACAUAGCCAUACAUAGCCAUACACAGCCCUACACAGCCCUACAUAGCCCUACAUAACCAUACAUAGCCAUACAUAGCCAUACAUAGCCAUACAUAGCCAUACAUAGCCAUACACAGCCAUACAUAGCCAUACAUCGCCCUACAUAACCAUACACAGCCCUACAUAGCCAUACAGAGCCCUACAUAGCCAUACACAGCCCUACACAGCCCAUACACAGCCCUACAUAGCCCUACAUAGCCCAUACAUAACCAUACACAGCCAUACAUAGCCAUACACAGCCAUACAUAGCCAUACAUAGCCAUACACAGCCCUACACAGCCCUACAUAGCCCUACAUAACCAUACAUAGUCCUACAUAGCCAUACAUAGCCAUACAUAGCCAUACACAGCCCUACACAUACAUAGCCCUACACAGCCCUACAUAGCCAUACACACAGCCAUACACAGCUAUACAUAGCCAUACAUAGCCAUAUAGCCAUACAUAGCCAUAUAGCAUACAUAGCCAUACAUAGCCAUACAUAGCCAUACAUAGCCAUACAUAGCCAUACAUAGCCAUAUACAUAGCCAUACAUAGCCCCCAUACAUAGCCCUACAUACCAUAACCAUACACAGCCAUACAUAGCCCUCCAUAGCCCUACAUAGCCAUACAUAGCCCUACAUAGCCAUACACAGCCCUACAUAGGCAUACAUAGCUAUACACAGCCAUACACAGCCAUACACAGCCAUACAUAGGCAUACAUAGCCCUAUAUAGCCCUACAUAACCAUACAUAGCCCUACAUAGCCAUACAUAGCCCUACAUGGCCAUACAUAGCCAUACACAGCCAUACACAGCCCUACAUAGCCCUACAUAGCCAUACAUAACCAUACAUAGCCAUACAUAGCCCUACAUAGCCCUACAUAGGCCUACAUAGCCCUACACAGCCAUACAUAGCCCUACAUAGCCAUACAUAGCCAUACAUAGCCCUACAUAGCCAUACAUAGCCCUACAUAGCCAUACAUAACGCUACAUAGCCAUACAUAGACAUACAUAGCCAUACAUAGCCAUAUAUAGCCAUACAUAGCCAUAUAUAGCCAUACAUAGCCCUACAUAGCCAUACAUAGCCCUACAUAGCCAUACAUAGCCAUACAUAGCCCUACAUAGCCAUAUAUAGCCAUACAUAGCCAUACAUAGCCCUACAUAGCCAUACAUAGCCAUACAUAGCCAUACAUAGCCCUACAUAGCCCUACAUAGCCCUACAUAGCCAUACAUAGCCCUACAUAGCCAUACAUAGCCAUACAUAGCCAUACAUAGCCAUACAUAGCCAUACAUAGCCAUACAUAGCCAUACAUAGCCAUACAUAGCCAUACAUAGCCAUACAUAGCCAUACAUAGCCCUACAUAGCCAUACAUAGCCAUACAUAGCCAUACAUAGCCAUACAUAGCCAUACAUAGCCAUACAUAGCCAUACAUAGCCUAUACACAUACAUAAGCCAUACAUAGCCCUACAUAGCCAUACAUAGCCCUACAUAGCCAUACAUAGCCCUACAUAGCCAUACACAGCCCUACAUAGCCAUACAUAGCCCUACAUAGCCAUACAUAGCCCUACAUAGCCAUACAUAGCCAUACAUAGCCAUACACAGCCAUACACAGCCAUACAAAGCCAUACAUAGGCAUACACAGCCCUACACAGCCCUACACAGCCCUACAUAGCCCUACAUAGCCCUACAUAGCCAUACAUAGCCCUAUACACAGCCAUACAUAGCCAUACAUAGCCAUACACAGCCUUACACAGCCCUACAUAGCCCUACAUAACCAUACAUAGCCCUACAUAGCCAUACACAGCCCUACACAGCCCUACACAGCCCUACAUAGCCCUACAUAACCAUACAUAGCCAUACAUAGCCAUACACAGCCAUACAUAGCCAUACACAGCCAUACAUAGCCAUACAUAGCCAUACACAGCCCUACACAGCCCUACAUAGCCCUACAUAACCAUACAUAGUCCUACAUAGCCAUACAUAGCCCUACAUAGCCAUACACAGCCCUACACAGCCCUACAUAGCCCUACAUAACCAUACAUAGCCAUACAUAGCCAUACACAGCCAUACAUAACCAUACAUAGCCAUACAUAGCCAUACAAAGCCAUACAUAGCCAUACACAGCCAUACAUAGCCAUACAUAGCCAUACACAGCCCUACACAGCCCUACAUAGCCCUACAUAACCAUACAUAGCCCUACAUAGCCAUACAUAGCCCUACAUAGCCAUACACAGCCCUACACAGCCCUACAUAGCCCUACAUAACCAUACAUAGCCAUACAUAGCCAUACACAGCCAUACAUAACCAUACAUAGCCAUACAUAGCCAUACACAGCCAUACAUAGCCAUACACAUCCAUACAUAGCCAUACAGAGCCAUACACAGCCCUACAUAGCCCAACAUAGCCCUACAUAACCAUACAUAGCCCUACAUAGCCAUACAUAGCCAUACAUAGCCCUACACAGCCAUACACAGCCCUACAUAGCCCCACAUAACCAUACAUAGCCCUACAUAGCCAUACAUAGCCAUACAUAGCUCUACACAGCCAUACACAUCCAUACACAGCCAUACCUAGCCAUACAUAGCCAUAGACAGCCAUACAUAGCCAUACAUAGCCCUACAUAGCCAUACACAGCUAUUCACAGCCAUACACAGCGAUACAUAGCCAUACAUAGCCAUACAUAGCCCUACACAGCCAUACACAGCCCUACACAGCCAUACACAUCCAUACACAGCCAUACCUAGCCAUACAUAGCCAUAGACAGCCAUACAUAGCCAUACAUAGCCCUACACAGCCAAACACAGCCAUACACAGCCAUACACAGCCAUACAUAGCCCUACAUAGCCAUACAUAGCCAUACAUAGCCAUACAUAGCCCUACAUAGCCCUACAUAGCCAUACACAGCCCUACACAGCCCUACAUAGCCCAACAUAGCCCUACAUAACCAUACAUAGCCCUACAUAGCCAUACAUAGCCAUACAUAGCCCUACACAGCCAUACACAGCCCUACACAGCCCUACAUAGCCCUACAUAACCAUACAUAGCCCUACAUAGCCAUACAUAGCCAUACAGAGCCCUACACAGCCAUACACAUCCAUACACAGCCAUACCUAGCCAUACAUAGCCAUACACAGCCAUACAUAGCCAUACAUAGCCCUACAUAGCCAUACACAGCUAUUCACAGCCAUACACAGCGGUACAUAGCCAUACAUAGCCAUACAUAGCCCUACACAGCCAUACACAGCCCUACACAUCCAUACAUAGCCAUACAGAGCCAUUUACAGCCAUACACAGCCAUACAUAGCCCUACAUAGCCAUACAUAACCCUACAUAGCCAUACAUAGCCCUACACAGCCCUACAUAGCCCCACAUAACCAUACAUAGCCCUACAUAGCCAUACUCUGCCCUACAUAGCCCUACACCGUCAUACAUAGCCAUACAUGGCCCUACAUAGCCAUACUGAGUCCUACUUAGCCAUACACAGCCAUACACAGCCCUACAUAGCCCUACAUAGCCAUACCUAGGCAUACACAGCCCUACAUAGGCCUACAUAACCAUACAUAGCCCUGCAUAGCCCUACAUAGCCAUAACUAGUUACACGUGCACAACACUUCGUGGACAAGACUUUGCGACUGGUUGGAAUUUAUCUUUUAAUCAGUGCCGUACAAAGAGUGUUGUGUUUUUUCUCAGGAAAGUUAUUUUAUAAAAGCAAUGGAAAGCUUAUUUCCUGCGUUGGGAGAAUUCUCGACAGUUAUACAAACCCGAGACGAAUCGUCUCGGGUUUGAAUAACUGUCUCGUUUUCUCCGAACCCCUCUUGUGUUUAUAUGGAACUAUGCCAACAGAAAACGUUUUCUGUUGCUUAAAUAUAGCUGUACAUAGACAUACAUAGCCAUACAUAUGCCAUUGUCUUGAUUUUCAAAGCUGGCGCUUUUCGCUAAUAGUGGGCUGUAACAUCUAGCCUAGUAGUAGCGCAACCAAUCAGAACGCAGCAUUGAUAAUAGACCACUAGCUGCAUUUUACAAAUAGCCCUAUAAUCCCCUCACAACCCUACAUAACCCUACAUAGCUCUACGUAGCGUUACAUAGCUCUACAGAACCUUACAUAUUACUACACAACCCUACAUAGCCGAACAGAACUCUAUGCAAUCCCACAUAGCCCUGUAUACCCGGACACAGGGCUACAUAGUCCUAAACAGCCCUGCGUUAUCACAAGAGACUACAUUACGAGGCUUGAACACCAAGAACACCAAAUUUAGAAAAAAUUACCAGAAACCCUCAGAUUUAAGUAAGAAUUAAAAUAUUUUAUUGGGAUUAUGGGCUAUUAUUUAACUCUGACAAGUACCUUACAACUCGUUUUUGACCUUGGUUUUUUUUUACUUCUUUUAUCUAAUAGUUCUUUUUCCAAACGUUUAAAAUUAUAUGUUCUCUUAUGUCAUAGUAAAAGUAGUAACGAUUACAUAAGGAAAAUACAAAGACCUGCGGUUUGUACAGUCCUGAAACCACAAACAGAGUUUACCUGCUCAGGAGCUAGUUAAGCUUGGGACGUAUUUAUAACUGAUUUGGUGGAAGUUUUGGCACUUUAACAUACCUAUUGUCUGUGCAGCCCUAAACAGCUGCACUCAUCAACUCAUUUACAGCCAAACAGCCAAGUGCAAUCUUUUAUUAUCAUACACGGCCCUGGAAACUUGGACACAUUGGGUCGGUUAUUUAAACGAAGUCCAACUUUGGCAGCAGUUUAGGAGAUCUUUGGACCCACCAAAUCUCUAGUGGAUUCUUUAAAGACAAAUGCUUUUCUUGUCUACGUUAUAUGCGCUACUGAGACUGUCACAAUAAAGGGUGUUUACAUAAAAGCGUUCACCAAACGAAAAAUGGCAUAAAACGCAUUUUCUUAAAACUCUACCUAAACGCCGUUUAAAUAACUGGCCCACUGUUUCACAUAUGGCCACACAUAGCGCUGUGUCAAUGUAUCAAUAGGCCAAUUUCAAAAAUACAACCAUACUCUUUGUUUUCCCUCCAAAGUUUUGCACGUGCCUGGUACUACUUUCUUGAGAGAGCAUGCACCCCCAAGAAAAGCUGAAAGCAAUACUUAUUCAAACUUUUGCAGAG